AUGGCGAUCUGGAUUGCGCUAUUAGCCCUGGUAUGGUUAUUGACAGCGAGACCAACUCCAUGGAGCCUGCUGGAUUUCAUCGACGACGCUCAAGUACAGGUAAUUUUCAAUGAGGCUCAAUCUUACUUUACUGAGUGGUACCAGGCUAAUUAUGGAGAUGAGCAAUUGAUUAACAAAGCUGGCCUUCCUACUCAAUGGUCCAGACCACCAUCAGGAUGGCUAAAACUGAAUACAGAUGCAGCUUUGGACUCAAACAACUUAAAGAUGGGAUUUGGCUUUGUUCUAAGGGACUCAAGUGGAGAAUUUAAAGCAGCAGUCCAGGUUCCCUAUAACAGUUUAUGUAGACCUGAUGAAGCUGAAGCAAUGGCAGUGCGUGAAGCCUUGAAGUGGUUAAAGUCCCAGAAUAUCUUGAACUUUAUUCAGCUGGAGUGUGAUUGCAUAAAGGUUAUAAAUAGUGUGCCAACAAGUUCUACUAUCACUUAUUUUGAUCUUAUUAUGCAGGAUAUUAGAGACAUAGCUAGAGACUUUUGUAAUCUCAGCUUUUUGUUUGUUAAACGAUCCGCGAAUAUGGUCGCCCACUUGUUAGCUAGGGAGGCCUUAUUUAAGACUGAUCGUGUGGACUGUUUUUCGGUCCCUUUCCCUUUUGUUGUUGAUGCUUUGGAGUUUGACUCCCGUUAA